CUGCAUAGGCUAAGCCUUAGAAUAUAGAUAGAGGCUAAGCUGAUCUUCAUUAAUCUAUAUUCUAUGCUCGUCUCGUAUGAUCUAUGGUGACACUGCCAAGCACCAAGCCCCAAACCAAAUCCAGAAUUAAACAUUAAACUAUUAAACAUUUCCUUUGAUUUGGACAGUUUGUCUCUGAUUUGAGGUUCAUACUUACAUUACAAUUAUGCAUUGGGGACAUUGGGAGGAUUUGUUAAUACUUGUUACAGUGUUUGUGAUAUGGUAUCCCUUAAUACAAUUUCGUAAUAAUCAAUAAGACCAAGUCUUAAAACAAUGCCAUUCUCUGCUGAUGCUAUAGCAGCUCAGCAAGUGCAGGAACGCUUAAAAUCAAUACAUCAACUGGUACAUGAAAUUGAAAAGAAAAGACAUGCUAGCGAACAGGGUGUAAAUAAUAUACAAAAAUCUCAGGAAGGGCAAGAUGAUAAAAGUCCCCAUUCUCAAAUAAAGCUGAAAAAUCUUUAUAAAACAUCUAUAACACAAGCAGAACAAGAAGAAGAAAGUAUCAGGGCAGCACUACAAAAAAUUGCCGAAAUAAGAAAUAUUAGAAAUGAAAGACGUAUACAGGCUCGUAAUGCUGGGAACAAAGAAUCUAUAAGACAAGGAGCUUGGAUGAAGAUGCUUUCACACUCUGCACAAACUCUUCCAUUAUUUGUUGGAAAAAUUAAUGAAAAACCACCACCGCUGUGUGGAGCUAUUCCAGCACAUUCCUUUUAUGUAGCUAAGGUAGGUGAUAUGGUAGCUGCCCUUGUUAAAGUGACAGACGGAGAAGAAAACUGGAUAUUGGCAGAAGUAGUGAGCUAUAACCAGCAUACAAAUAAGUAUGAUGUUGACGAUAUAUUGGAGGAACAGAAUGAAAAAGGCAGACAUAGUCUAAGUAAGCGUAGGGUUGUACCCUUACCUCUAAUGAGGGCAAAUCCAGAAACAGAUCCUUCAGCGCUAUUUGCUCAAGGAACCAUUGUGAUGGCACUCUUUCCUCAAACAUCUUGUUUUUAUAAGGCGAUAGUCAAUAAACCACCUUCGACACAUAUGGAUGACUAUGAAAUUCUUUUUGAAGAUCAAACUUACCAAGAAGGAUACAGCCCACCUCUUCUUGUUGCACAAAGAUACGUUAUUUCUGUUAAGCAGAAACAGAAAAGUUGACAUUAAUCUGAACUCUUAUUACAUUUAUAAAUUCGAAAUUUGUUAAAACAAAAUUUUUGAUUUCUUUUCUCUCAAUUUCAUAUGCCUGAUUAAAAUAAUUAAAAACAGUUUAUUAUCAA